AUGAAAAGCUCGUUUUCCCCAAACUUGGUACGGCCUAACCUACCCUUGAGGAAACCAUCUUCGAGCCCCAUGGCUCUAUGCACCGCGUCGCUCACCAUGUCCGCUGCAACACCUGUGCGGCCCGCGGCAAGCGCCAUAGGAGAUGGUCCAAUUAAUUUACCACCCAUGAGGGAUAAAUCUGCAAUGUUAGGAUCCAUGCCACCAGCACUGACUGUGUACUUCUGCAACUACUGUGGUCAGCAAGGGAAUUUUCGAUGCAAGCGCUGCAAGAAGACGCCUUACUGCUCUGUGGUGUGCCAGACAGAAGACUGGAAGGCACACAGACACUUGUGCAAACCCCUUGAUUCAGAACCUGUAAAAGAGAAAGCAAAUGAAACAACUACUUCCCCAGUGAUAGCAGAUUUAUUAAAGCAGGGAGAUGCAUCCAACCUCCAGAGAGUCUAUUUGAAGGACUUGCAGAAAACUAAAUCCAUUAAGGGAGCAGACUUUGAGGCAACCGUUUUGGAGUUCUACAGCCCUGGUAGGUUUUUUCUCAUUGCCCAAAGCCCAGAGCUUAUUAAUGCUCUCCAAUGCAUCAGCACAGAGCUCCAGAAAACCUACAUCUGCCCCUCAGUGACGACACAUGUACCUAGUGGUGGGGAGGUCUGCGCGGUACAGUUCUCCACUGAUUUGAACUGGUACCGAGGCCUGGUCCAGACUUUGGCUGCUGACCAGAAGACAGCUAAAGUCCUUUACAUUGACUUUGGCAAUGAGGAAAAUGUCCCUGUGGACAGGAUCAGACCCCUGGCCACCAAUAUUCAGCCAUUUUGUCCAUGUGCAAUGGAGUGCCGUAUUGCUGGAGUGGUGCCAGUGACUGGCACCUGGUCUGGUGAGUGCUGUAUUGCAUUGAGGCAACAGUUGGCCGGCAAGACUUUCACUGCAAAGGUGGUGGAAACACAAGAGAAUGGUCGCAUCCAUGCUGUGGACAUCCUGCUUUCUAUGGGAAAGCAGCUAAGUACGAUGCUUCUUGAACACGGUUAUGCAGCAGAAGAAACCGUCAGUGUUGCACCAACUGAGCAGGAAAUAAGUGACAUGAUGAACGCAUCCUUCGAUAACUUCAGGCGGUGCUCCGAUGGGAAGGAUGCCAACACCUGGGCUCAGCCGCCAGAGCCACUGACACAGGCAGUGGGUGACUCCUUCACUGUUGUGGUCACCCACUUCCAGUCACCAAAUGAUAUUGUUGUACAGAAGGUGGAAAACGCUGGAGUGAUUCAAGAGUUGCAAUUGAAGCUGAGGGAGCACUGCUGUCAGGUGGCAGAACCCCAGAACUUCAGACCAGCACCUGGCACUGUUUGCUGUGCCCAGUUCUCAGAGGAUAAGCAGUGGUACAGGGCCAAAGUGCUGGCAUAUUCUUCAGAGGAGCGGGUUUGUGUUGGUUACCUGGAUUUCGGUAACUCUGAAGAAGUGGAUUUAGGCCAAUUGCAACCCAUCAGCACCUCACUUCUGGCCCUUCCCAUGCAAGCUAUGCCUUGUGGUCUAGCAGGGGUGCAGCCUGUUGGGGAGAGCUGGUCAGAGGAAUGCUUGUUGGCCCUGCAACGAAGGGUAUCAAACAGAAUACUACGCAUUGAGAUCCAUGGAGCGCAAGAGGGCAAGGCUUUGGUGGCUAUGAUUGAUGAGGCCAGUGAUCCUCAGGGCAAUGUCACCGAGCUGCUAAUUUCUGCUGGGUAUGCGGUUCCUGCUCCUAUUAACAGCAGUGGUGACCAGCAGCCCGACCAGACAACAGCUCCUCCUGCUACUGCAGAACCACACGUGUCUCCUCCAGUCAGUGAACGCCUGGUGUGGUCUUUUGCUGAGCUUCCCAGUGAAGGCCAGACAGUGGCGCUGCUAGCCAGUGUCGUGGAGAACCCUGGAGGGUUUUUCUGCCGCAUUGACAACCCUACAGAUCAUCAGCGGCUGAUAGAGCUGGGGGCUGAACUGAAGCUGCAUUGUGAGUCAGAUGCUUCACCUUUCGUGCCCAAAGUGGGAGAGCCCUGUUGUGCCAUGUUUCCUGGUGAUGGAGCCUGGUAUCGUGUGAUGGUAAAGGAGCAGUCUGAACACAAUGUGGUGGUGUACUUUGUGGACUAUGGUUAUAGCAUGAAGAUGGACGAGGGCCACCUCAGAUCCAUUAAACCCCAACUCCUGACACUCCCCUUCCAGGCCAUUCGCUGCUGGCUCACAGGUGUGGAGCCCCUGGGUUCAGAGUGGAGCAGUGAAGCUCUACUCUGGUUCCAGACUCGGAUGGAUGGUGAGCAGCUCUCCGCAUGUGUCCGCUCUGUCACUGAACAAGGUUACGGUGUAGAGCUGGAGAGCAGAGGACAGAAUGUGGCAGCUGCCCUAAUUGCUGAGCAACUAGCCAAAGUCCCUGGAGAGAUCCCCAAAGAGACACAUACAAGCACGGCCUCUGGAGGCAAACAGCAAGAGGGUGUAAAGGAAAACGAUCACAGCCAAAUACAAGUGCAAGUCUCCAACCAGACAGGCAAUUCUAAGGAGAUACCAACUAAUGACCUGCCUGUGGCAGCACCAUCAGCUCCAUCUUUUCCAAUGGACUGGAAAACUACAGAGCUGCCUCUCAAAGAGAGCUUUCAACCUUACAUUGCAGCUGUCACUAGUCCUUCCCUAUUCUACCUGAUUGGUCCCAGCCAGGUGGAUCAGCAGAAGCUUCAGGAGGUGAUGAUGGAGCUGGCCGCCUACUGUAGCAACAACCAGGCCUCUUUAUCCUCCAAUGUCCAGAGCAAACUUGCCCCAGGGGCUGCUUGUUGUGCCCAGUUCUCUGCUGAUAAUAACUGGUACCGUGCGGUGGUCCUGGAAGCCAGUGAGAAUGAGAUGAGUGUCAUCUACGCAGACUACGCCAACACAGAGAAGGUUCCAAGAUCCCGAAUCUUGCCCAUCCCCACACACCUGCUGAAGCUCCCCUUUCAGAUCACCCGGUGCACCCUCACUGGUAAGGAACGCUUUCCAGCUGAGUGGCCAGAGGAGGUGCAGCAGAUAUUUAAAAGCCUGCUGAUGAAUGGUGUCCUCGCCACUGUCCAGUCCUUCGAUGGCUCUGCUAACAUCCUUUCACUCACUUUGCCUGCUGAGAAAGGUGGGGGAAACCUCACCUCCAUGAUUUUGGAUGAACUACAGGCCAAGACUAAGAGUACUCCUUUCCGAUCCAACACGGUGAAGACUGACAAAACUGAGAGCUGCACAUCUUCUACCAGCACUACAGCUGCCCCUGACUGCCCCCAGCCCAGGUCGGUACCUGAGACCCAAAAGGUGCUGGAAAGUUCAACAGCUGCCACUGGCCCAGAUAUAACUUCAGAGCCGACAUCCUGGAUGCCACAGCAGAAGAAGGAAACUUCAGCAGAGUCCGUCAACGCAGAUCCAAUACAGAAGAUUAUUGAGCAAAUGGAACCACCAUGCAAAAUGAAAACAAAGACUAAUAAUCCUCAGAACUCUGGCUGCUGCUGUCUGAGCCUGAAGACGAAGAUUGACCACCUGGAACAGUUGAUGCAGCUGCAGAUUUCUCUUGUCAAGCAGUUAGUGGGACAGACAAAAUGA